AUUCAUCCAGCUUUGAAAGUAUCAAGGCCGAAAUGUGCUACAGGUGGACGUAAGUGGAGAAGAUAUGGAAGUAACCGACCAUAAUACUGACAGUAUCAGUGUAGCAGAGACUCCCAGAUCUAAAAAGCCAUGGUCAUGUCGGCGAAAGACCAGUAAAUUAAGAAAAAGAAAAGCAUGUCUUCUGCUUCUUCGAAAUUGAAGAACUGGCUAUGAAGAAGUUAGAGCUGGUGAAU